AUGUUGUGUACUAACCCGAGUAUUCAAAGACAAUUGCCAGAAUUCAGAGUGCUUCUUGACGGCUUCUUGAAGCUGGCAGGCAAGCCGGCACGCAAUGAAAACAAGCACUGUCAGGACAGUCAGGACAGGCCCAAGAGCAUCACGUGGCAUCAGCAGGCUACUAGCCAGGAGAAAUACGUAAGGAUGGGUUGCUUCUUUGGGGCUAUUAAGCCGCAGGGCAGACACAGAGGAAGCCAGCCGAUUGCCACCGCAAGGAGCAACAAGCCUGUCCAGGAUCUCCAAGUCUGGAGCCGCAGAAUUGCAAUCAUCGCCAUCGCCGUCACCAUCGUACCAGCAUUCAUACCUCACGCAGAUGAGAUCCAAUAA